AUGCAUCAACCGAGCGAGACACCGCUGGCUGGCUCUGUACCUUCCGCACACUUGAAGGACCCGGAGAAGGGCCUUUCCAAGCCCCUCAGCCGUACCAACACCGCUGCUUCCGUAACCGAAGGAACCGUUGCCAAUGAAGGAUAUGGAGAGUACAAAGCCGUGUUCCAGACGGGUGCAACUCAAGUUAUCUCUCUGGGAAGUAACAUGGGAAGCGGUCUGUUCGUGGCAACAGGCAAAGCUCUAUUCAUCGCUGGACCGGGUGCCAUGAUCUUCGGAUACGGCUUCGUGACGAUACUGGUCUUCUGCGUGCUUCAAACGCUGGCCGAAAUGACCAUUGCUUUUCCGGUGUCUGGAAACCUCAUCGACUACGCCGAUAGAUGGGUAGACCCUGCUCUGGGAUUUUCUGCUGGCUUUGCUCUGUGGCUUGGCUGGGUUGCUGUGGUCGGUUCCGAGGCAACAGUGUCUGUCAUCCUGAUCAACUUCUGGGCCGAUGGAGCCGUUCAUCAGGCAGUGUGGUUAUCGCUGUUCCUUGUCUUCGUCUUCACGUUGUUUUGCCUUCCAAGUCAAUACUUCGCCUGGUUCGAGUACGUGACGUCGUUGAUCAAAAUCGUCGUCUUCCUCAUCUUCAUCGUCACAUCGAUUGCCAUCGUCUGCGGUGCUGGCCCGACCGGAAAAGUUCAUCAUGGAGAGACAUGGAUAGAACACCCUACGUUCAAGGGCGGGUUUUCGGGCGUUGGCAACGCGAUGAUGCUCGCCGUUUGGGCCUGUGGCGACCAGAUCUUCAUCGGCAUGAUGGGCGCAGAAGCAGUUUUCCCGCGCAUGGCCAUGGGCAGGGCCGCCCGAAUGGUCACCGGCCGUGUCAUUGGCGUGUACAUGAGUGCAUUGGCCUUGAUUUCGGUGCUGGUUCCUUCCGAUGACUCGAGGCUCUUUGGCGGCAGCGGCGCCGCUGCUUCUCCUUUUGUCAUUGCGGUUGAAAAUGCCGGCAUCAAGGGACUGCCUCACUUGCUCAACGCAGUCAUCCUCAUCGCGGCUGUGAGCAUGGCGUGCGAAAGCAUCUUCAUCGGCUCUAGAGCGCUUCGAGCGUUGGCUCUGCAGGGGCUUGUGUCGACGCAUUUGGCCAAUGUGGACACCAGUGGCCGUCCCAGAGCAUCACUGGCCAUUACUGCGAUGGUGUCGGUUGCUUUCACUUACAUCAAUCUUAGCAGCACUGGUGCGGUUAUUUUCGGAUGGUUCGUCUCGAUUACCUCUUCCUCUUUCUUCUGCAUGUGGAUUAUCCUGGCAAUCACAUCUUGGAGGUUCCGCAAAGCCCUCAAGGUGCAAAACGAUCCGUUGUUUGAUCGUGUGUAUGCAUGGAAGUGUACUGCGUGGCCAUUUACUCCUCUGUGGCUGUUCCUUGGUUGCAUGGUGCUGGUAGUCGCUUGCAUUUACAUCGGCAUCUAUCCAAACGGUUCUUCCGAUGAAGUUUCCGUCACAAGCUUCUUUCAGAGCAUGAUCGGUUUGAUCCUGAUUAUUGCGAGCUAUAUUGGCUAUAAGCUCAUCUUCAGAACGAGAUACCGCAAUUCUGCUUCCAUGGACUUGAUUACCGGUCGGAGAGAUCUUAGCGCAGAUGAGAUAACCCAGCUGGACAAGUAUUACUCAAAGCCCUUGUGGCGACGGUUCCUAACAUACCUACAACUGUGGUAG